AUGAUAAACGUUUUGGAUGCAAACAGACCCAGUAUUAGCAUACAGGUUGAAGAACCACUGCAAUCUAAGCCUUGUACUAGGCGUAAAGAUAAUUCUUUGGAUAAUAUUGAUCUUAGGGGACUAUCUAGUCGAAGACCCAUACCAAACAACAAUUUCAAAACUCUCAAUAUAGUCUCCAAACCAUCAUCGUUAAAAAUCAAUGAUGUGAAUAAUAAUAACCCUGAGGGUGAGGAAAUAUUGCUUCAUAGUCACGGGGAUUUUGAUGGUAACCAUUUCAUAAUAACCCAAGAUAAAUCAAAUAAUGAGGACGUUGAUAUUGCAAACUAUCCUAAACCUCUUUUGGUAGACAAUGUAGAGGAUAUAAAAGAUCAGCUAUUUCCUCUAAAACCUCAAUCAAAUAAUGAACUUGACAAUAAAGUUACUUUUGAUGACACUUUUGAAGCAAAAUCAACAAAUCCUAAUAUGUAUGAUUAUAAUAGAGCACUUUUCAAUAAAAUUAAACAGAAAAAAACUGAAAAUGCAGUUAAUGUCAUUGUUAAAAGACCUACUUAUGUACCAAAGACUAUCGAAGUACAACCGAAAAAAACAAGUAACGAUGAUUACGAUGAUUGUGAAAGUACAAAACUUAAAAACGAUGAAGAUACCUCAAACAACCGAAGAUUUUUUACCAGUCCCAAAAAAAUUGAACACAAUAUACAAACUGAAGUUUUUGACCCUAAUGUGAAUGCCGACGAAAUUAAUGAAAACAAUAGAAUAGCAUUUGAAAACAAUGAAUUACUCGACCCUACUAAAGGUGCGGGUAUAACUGAUCUAUCAUCUUCACCAGUAAACCUUCUAAGACACAGCCGAGUAUGCUACGCAUGUAGCACUGUCACCAACCCCACUUGUCAAGAGCCUGACAGAAGAACAACUGUAAAAUAUUGUCGUCAAGGCCAUGAAGCUUGUGUAACAAAAACCUUUUUGACAAGCAGAAGUUUUAAAAUAAGUAAGCUGUUUAAUUUAAAGUAGAGUAGCUCAGUGGCGUAGUGGUUUCGCAGGGGGGGUCACGAGAUGGGUGACCAAAUAUUUUUAUCUCGUAAGUGGGCUCGUGAACAUUUGCUCUGGGAAGGUAGCCAGUAAUCUGUAGUGCUGUUUACCGAUGAGUACCGAUUCGGUUUCCAACCUGAUUCGAAAAGUGUACGCGUAUGGGAACUCCUGGUCAUGAGAGUCACCUGCAACACUCUCAGGAAGUCCAUCCUGAGGGUGUUGUUACCAUGGCGGGACUGUUAUGGUUUGGGCGGUAAUCUGUGUUGGUGGAAGAACAGACCUCGUUUGGAUCAGAAACACUAUGACCGCUGA